AUGAAUCAAGAAAUCUACGAAGAACUUCCCUUCGCAAGAACUUUGAUAACCGACACUAAAGGUGAAUCAAUAUUUCAUAUUUUGAAGGAUUACUUCAUUGAAAAAGCAAUUCCUUUAUCAAAUAUAAUAUCAGUAGCUACAGAUGGAGCACGUGCCAUGGUUGGACGUUAUCGUGGAUUUAUAAGCUAUUUAAAACAAAAUGUGUCAGGGGUGUUAGCAACACAUUCCGUCAUCUAUCGACAACAUUUAGUUGCUAAAAAUUUGAGUGUUAGAUUGCAUGAAUCACUUCAUUUAGUCAUUGAUGCAGUAAACCGAAUCCGAAGCAACGCGUUGAAUACGCGGUUAUUUGGCUGCCGAAAGGCUUAUACUAUUUUAGAAUUUCUGGAUACUAAAGAUAAAAUUUUAAAAGAAAAUUUAAUGAAGAGGAAAACAGACAUCACCUAUUUAACAGAUUUGUUUACAAAAUUUAAUAUGACAAGCUGCCAGGAAGAUGACGUUUCAACUUACGUUCAACAUUUAAACGCCCUCUAUUCAGAUUUUGAAUCUAGGUUUGAGGAUAUUUUGACUAUGGUAAUACCACCGUGGAUAAUUAAUCCAUAUGGUGACAUAGAAGAAAUGAGUGUCAUAAUACAAGAGGAGAGUACAAACGAAGAACUUAAGGUUCAGUUUAAAAACGGAUAUCAGCAAUUCUGGCUGCAAAACAACAUACCCGUUACUUAUCCCACAAAUGGCUUUCAGAAUAGGUUGAAAUCAUGUAAAUGA